CUGUGAAUAGUGCUUCAUGAGCGCUGGCUACAGUAUGAGACAACGCGCCCAAGUGGCAUGUCUCUCUUACAUCGCCAAGCUGAAUUGCGUCGAUUAAAAUUUCAUCAAAUUUAUCCUUUUACUUUAUUCUUCCCAGUAUCCCUACGUGGCCUUAUUCUUUUUGCCUUCUCAACCUUUGUGAUUCGCCCCCGCCAGGCAGAAACUCUGCCAUAGGCGUCUUGCUCACCCCGCGCCAGCUGAAGCUCUGCCCCAACAAUCCUGUCACUUGCCGGCUGCCAGUGCUGCCAGCUGUGGCCAGCUGCCCCAACCCAUCGCCAAUCCUUCCCCCCUCCACCCCAAGAAGAAGUUUAUCGCACCACCACCCACUGACGCGAGUUAGCCGUUCUUUGUCCCGGCCCUCCGCUCCAUGGACGUGGCUGUCGUUACGCAAAGAAACUGCUGUACUCGACAUGAAUUUAUGUUUUCAACAACUUGUUGACAGCAAACACAAUGCGGCUGGCUUGGAGACAGCCGGCAACCACUUCGCCCGUCGGCUGCAAGCACAUGCAAACAUUCAAUAAACUGUCACUGAAACUGUACCGCACCGAACUACCCGCUGGGUCUGCUUCCACCAAACUCUUCGACCUACGAGGUCGUUUCCCAAGGCUCGGCGCUUGUGGCUUAAUAGCGCCACAGAGCCUGCCCCCGCCCGCUUGCCUGCUAUUUGCGCUGUGUCGUUAAUCUAUCGGUGCACUUCAUUUUUCUCGACCUGCUCAAGGUGUAAGUAACGUGUGCCGCUGUGCUAUCAGUAUGGCUAACUAUGGGCCAUGUUCACUAUUAAUUUGACUCGCAUAUGUCCCCUAACAGCAAACUGGCACAACCCAUCACUAGAACCUGUCAUCCCGCACGCUUUCCGGCUGGUCUCAUCAACACUCUAACGGCCGCCACGCGGGAUGCAGUUGCAUCGGGGGGAUUGCUAAAAUGGGAUCCUUCGUACCGUUGGCUUGCGCUUCAUGGUAUUGCUGUACUUACUGGUGGUGUGCGGCUACCCACUCAUGCCAUAGCUGAACGCCUCUGUCUGUUGCCAAGGGGCAGCUAAUACAGCAUGUAUUGGGGGGGCAUACAGCAGGGUCUGUUGGGUGAAAUCGUGGCGCUCAUAGCUCCAAAUUUGGUUCCCAGCUUCCCAAGGCACAUGCCAGGCCGCGGCUUGUCCGUUGUCACCAUAAUUAAUGCACGGCGCUGCUGCUCUCCGGGCGUCCCACAGCGAGCGGCGCCAGGCCCGGAAGCAUUGUCCGAUCAGGGCAAGACUCUCCACUCAUCUCGGCCAAAUUGUCCAAGCCAGUCGUCUGGUGUUGAAACUAGGAUGGACAUGUUCGGAUUGAGCAAGAGGAGAGCCUAUCGCCAAUGGACAAAGCCCCAUUCACCUUUGGGAUAUUGCCUUUAGGCUAAGCAAAAGAUGCUUCGUUGCGUUCUUGGUGAAAUUCGCCCGCCAAGGCCAAGGCUUCAGCACAUGACCCAGCCAGUCUACAUAGAGCAGCGCAGUCCUCCCUAAUCUGUGCCAUCUGCGAUCUAGACUCUACAGCUAAAGUUAGAUAUGGUCAAACCAAUCGAAACGAGAGUAUUCUGAGCCCACACGGAUGAGCUCUAAAUUCGACACCCUACAUUUACAACAGAUACGCCGUUGACUGCUUUUCACAUGCUCCAGCAGACAAGCUCCGCACACUGUUACCACUGUGGCUUCGGCGGCGGGCACAUGCGGGAACAGAGCAAUCUUGCGCUAGCUGGCCUCGCUUACCCUACUCUAAUCAACUGUAUUGCAGGGAUGUCAGACGCAGGUUUUUUUUGUAACAGCCUGGUCCAAGCUUUUCAUCAACCAAGAUCCCGAUGGUCAAAAAAAAUUCCGCGAUGACGGCGCUUCAAUGCGGGUCAGGAGAAUUGAGCUCCGUGGUAAACACCGGCGAGACCGGGACAGGGGCUCAGUCUCGCACCGAAUGCCCGUGUCUGCGACGAAUAUCGUAUCCGGGCGAUCUUCCGCAUAGUUGUGCAUAUCCUGAGAUUGCUGUGAGCCGUUGCAGAUCCACUGACGGGCUACCGCCGAGGCAAAUUUAGCACAUGAUACACAACUCUGGAAUGAUUUGGCUCCGAAGAGUAGCCUUUUGUGACCUCGCUGUAGCCACUGCUAGCAUAUGAUUAUGAUGGUUUGCACAGGUGCUGGUCUUUGACGGCAGGCACUGCCUCUUAGGUGCACAUCUGCGGUCCAAUUGGCACUACCUGAUAUCAUAGAUCUUUCCUAACAUCACAUAUCAAUAGCUAGGCGCCUGCUAUAAGACCUUUAGCCUACACACCAAUCCCGCUUCUGCACUUAUUACGCGCCGCUAGGCCGGCGGAGACCACCUAUCUCACCCCUGUCUUUAAUACUCUUCACCACCACUUGAGGCUCUGUUAUAGUUAUAAGGUUAUUACAUCAACGGCAGUUAACGACUGAAUCCUGAUAGCCUCGACGAUUGCGCCGUCCUAUCAAGCAAGGACUGCAGAGCAUCGUUUAUAAAACUGAACCCCGUUUCUAGUGGAAAAAUGAUAGCGCCUACUUAUCGGCCGAGAGUGGAUUCAGCUAUUACCACCGAGUUGGUAUCCUGGCCUACACUAUCCACGAGCCAAAAGCGGCACCUCGUGGCAGUUAUAGGCCUGAAGACGACAAAGGAAUUUUCGUACUUUUAGAAAAUGGACAAAUAGAAUGGCCUACACGUUUCUACAUCUCGAGGUGCUAUUCACCGCCCUUUCCCCCUUUUUCUACUUCUCUCCGCGCUAGUCACGCUGGACCUUUUCCACUUUGCCAGCGCGCAAGGGGGAAAGAGACAACGCCACCAAUACACCUCUCAUCGACUUUCCCCAGCAUCGUGGUCGUGGGGUAGAUUUUGAACCUUAGCGACCUGCAAGGCGACGAUUUAGGAAAAGUCCAAGGCUGGUUCGCAUGUUGGCUUGCAAAGGAAUUCUGGCUAUAAAGGCGGCACCCAGUUCCUUCAAUUGGGCGCUGCCGUUGUUCUCUGCUAAUGAAAUUUUUGAUACAUUGUAAUACACCCAACCUAGUAUCCUACGCCUUUACACACCGUCAUCAUGAGAAUGUAUUGGGAAACCGACGAUGAAGUCAUUCUUCAAGGCACAGACUAUCGCGACAAAGAUCUGCUUGGCUUGAUGCGAUGCGGCAAGAGCCCAUUUGACGGAAUUUGGGACAGCAUGCGCCUUAUCCAAGAAAUAGAAGAGUGCUUAAAUGUCCAAGUGGUUGAUAUACCGCGCGUCUACAAUGGGCGCUACAACUAUGGGUUUCAUCUGAUACUCAGCAACAGGCAAGAGGUUAUUGCCCGUCUGGCCCAGACCGAUGUGAAUGCACCGUAUUAUAGCGGUAAAACUGCAACUGAUUUGGCUGAUCAGGUCAGAUUUGAAGUGGAAACAGACAGACUUCUCAGAGCAACACCCUCGAUACGCGCUGCUCGUCUUAUAUACUAUCGAACCCCUCACCAGCUUGAGGAGGAGCUAUUGGACUGCCCUAGAAAUAUUUCGGGUCGAAUGCUACUGGUGAAUCAAAAGUUGCCAGGUAAUAGCAAUGUUUGGAGUACUUUCAACGCCACCCAAAAGAAAGCAUUUCUUUCCCAAGCAGCUGUAAUCAGGGCUGCUAAAUUCCAUCUGGAACUACCAGCAGGGUUCGUUUCUUCUUGGUACUAUAACUAUGUCGCUGCUCAGGCCAGCCGACCAAUUGACAUCUCCAACAUGACACCCCGAGAGAUUUGUAUGGCCUGUGUCGCAAUCAGAAUCGAGGCGGUGAUGGGUAGAGUAGGAGAAGAUGUCUACGAAAACUACACUUCUGGAGUCUCGGCUGUAGUCAUCAAGCGAAAACUACUACGGUUACUACCUCAUCUACUGUCUGAGAAUGAUUUUCUCUAUCGGCCUGUACUGGAGCACAACUACUACGGAGUUCAACACAUGAGUGUUGUGACAGACGAAAACGGGGUGCCAACAAUUACAUCUGUCUAUGACUGGAAGAACGCCGUCGUACUACCAGCAAUUCUAUCCAAUCCAGUCUUGGCAGUAACCGUCGAUCUGGUGCUGAACGAGAAUGUCGAACCACAUUUUUCAAGAGCGGCGCUUUUGGCAUCUGACAACAAGCGAGCACAGUACAUGUCGUGGUCCGAAGACUAUUUUGAGGCACUUUUUGAACAUGCACCAGAUUACGAAAGAAUAAUGAAGACUGGGAAGGAUGUUCGCUAUGUGUGGUUCACAUUGGGAAAAUGGCGCGGCAACAAUCCUGAUUUCUUCUUUACCACUCUCGCCGAGUGGGUUCAGAAGAAGAUGGUUGAAUUUGAUCUUGAAUGAAGGGCGAAGGAUAAAAGCACUUGAUUUGUAUUUGUAUUCUUUGGUGUAUCUGCUAAUGUUUAAAAGAGACCAUUAUGAAGUUACUCUGUUAAGUAAUCUCCCUGUAUACAGGACAUAAAAAUGUGAUGGUUCUCAUUCAUAGCCUUUCCAGGAGUUGCAAUGGGGGAAGUUGUAGUCAGAGCCAACGGGUUAGUAUUGCCCAGUUGAAUCAUUAACUGGUAACCAGUUUUCACAACAGGAAUGGUAUACAUACUGUAGGAAGCAGGGUAGUCCCAGAAACGCGUUUGAUUCACAUAGCACCAAUCAGUGGUUAGAACCCACCUGUCUUCCUGGAUCGUUCCAUUAGGUAGAGUGGUUGUUGUGUCAGUGUGGCACUGGCUGAUGACUGUAUCAUUGAAUUCGUAGGUCUUGGUGACACCACAGGUAGUCUUAGGACAGGUGUAGCAAGGUGCGUACUCGUCACCAACAAGACUGCAGAUGAGGUAUCGUCGUGAAAGGCUGUGUCGCUUGGUCUGAGAAUCUACUGGAAAUCGAGGACCACAAUCAGGGAGAUCCCUGCG